ACAUUCCAUUAGUGAAGUGGCCGUCGAACUGACUAUUUGAAAUUCGAACGAAAAAAAUAUUUAAAAAGAAUCUAUUUAAAAUUUGAAAAAGAUUGUAUUUUUAAAAUUUAAAAAAUUAAAAUGAAGUGCCUGUAUUUUAUUCUUUUCGUCGCCGUAGCGCAAGGUUUUGUGCUAGAAAAUGAGAGAGUAAAGAGGGCGAGUCUGAAGGCUCCUUCUUUGCGCCAGUUGACAGCGAUUGACCCUGCUGGCUUCCAAGUCGAUUGGACUCCUGUCACAAGCGGUGAUCCAGCGGACCCAGUCACAGGAUACAAGAUUAAAGUAUGGGAACUCCCUAAUAAGAAAAUCUACCAACUGAUUGAUGGCGUCAUGACAUUGGUCGAUGAAGAGCCUCCUACCUUGACAGAUGACAUCCCUACCAGCAAGCCGCACGAGUACAUCACAGAUAAGACGACCUUCGUAGUGAAGAACCUGAAACGCAACGUGUUCUACGAGACACGGGUGCAAGCGUACACUAAGAGCACGGAGGGACCGCUAUCCAAUCCAUGGAGGAUUAAGUUGACCGAAGAUAAACAUGCCAAGGACUUUUAUAAUUUAGUCUAAACAGUA